AUGCCUAUAGCAGGCGAGCCGUUAGCUGAUGAUCCUCAUAGCGACCCUACUCGCAAAUUGAGAUGGAGUUACGCCGACCCUCCUGAUAUCCCACUUCCCGAGGAAGAUCCAGGCCAGCCAUUUUGUCCUCGUCAUGCUACUACUGUUGCUCAGUUAAAAAGAGCAUCUUUUGGUCCUUUUCCAACUAACACGGAUUUAACAACUCCCCAUCGCGACUGGCAUUUCGGCAAUCUCGAUUACAUCCUGUCUCGCAAGAGCUGGUGCCGAGUCUGCGGCCUGAUUGCAGAAGUUGUUGAACAAGACCCCUCGAAUUCUAUGCUGGAGCGCAAGGAUACAGAAAUAAUUGCUUGCUGGAUAUGGGAUGGAGUGCUCAAUGAUAGCGACGACAAAGUGGCAACUCUUCGGCUGCGGAUUGCUCCAGAGGUUAUCGGCUGGGAAGACUUGUUUGAACCAUUUGACUUGGUUCCUCUGGCCAACCAUCUUGAUAAAAGCGACAAUCUAUUUCUAGGACGGAAGAUCAGCAGUGGCCACUUCAACUUGGAAGUAAUCAAGGCCUGGGUCCAAAGCUGCGAACAAUGGCACGGCAGCGAGUGCAUCGAUACCGCGCCGUGGAAGACGUCUGACUUUGGGGUGCCGUUCAUUCGCAUGAUAUCUUUGGACGAAUACAGGUUGAUUGAAACAGCUUGUCCUCCAUCUUAUGCAGCAUUAAGCUACGUAUGGGGGCCCGCUACUGUAUUCAAGACGAUACGAGACAACAUCGAGAUGCUGGUGCAGCCAGGGGGACUGCCGGUGCCGUCCUUUCCAAAGUCCAUCCGAGAUGCCAUGGGCCUAGCAAAAGAGCUUGGCUUUCGAUACAUCUGGGUUGACUCUCUAUGUAUCGUUCAAGACUCCGUGGAGGAUAAAGUGCAGCAGCUUCGCAUGAUGGACCGCAUCUAUAGCCGUGCGAGUCUCACCAUUGUCGCCGCAGCUGGUUCGCAUGCCGACGCAGGAAUCCCCGGUUUGCAGCCUGAAAGUCGAUCUCGCAAACAGCACACAGCCCAAAUCUCGGAUGAUCUCACACUGGUCGCGCUCCAUCCAGAUACAUAUCGUAGCGCGGCGGCAACGACCUGGAACACCAGAGGCUGGACAUACCAGGAGCGUCUUCUUUCGAAACGGUGUCUUUUCUCAUUCCCCGACGGGUCUGUGAGCUUCCAGUGCUCAAUGGCCGUUUGGGGAGAAGACUACUAUGCUGAGACACCGCACUUGAAGCGCUGUGCACCGAUGAUGGACGUCUCAUUGAACCGGAGCUGGAUGGCUCCUGGGGCUGUCAAAGAGAGGGGCAUCCCAACUGUUCAUAUAGCAAACACCUCAUAUUUACGCGAGUACUGCCGGCUUGUCGAAGAAUAUACAGGUCGUGACAUGUCAUAUGCAAGCGAUCGGCUUUUGGGGAUCAGUGGCGUCCUAGAUGUUUUGCAAAGAGAGUUUGGUCUCAGCUUUGUUCAUGGCCUGCCAGAGACCAUCAUAUAUUUGGCUCUGCUCUGGCAGCCUCGAAAUAAGAUCAAACGCGUCCCGAAGGAUCCUAAAACCUUUCUGCCGCUCUUCCCGAGUUGGUCGUGGACUGGCUGGACUGGACCAGUUGGUUAUGAAGAUUGGAAUGCGUUUAACGAUAUGCCUGGGAUCGAAGACCGCGCGGAGCGUGUCAAGCCUUUUGCAAAACUGGCCUUGAUAGGGCCAAAAGAGCUCGAGUAUUUCUCUCAAAAAGCAGCAAAUAGUUUGUCUCCUGAUUGGUUAAAAGUCUCUACGAUGGAAGAUGGAACUUGCUACAUUAUGGGCACUGAUACCCAUCGAUACCAUCCUGUCCCUUUUGUCUCCUCAUUAAACAAGGCAGGAAAAUCCAAUAUGAUGCUGCCACCGCUUGGACUCAGUCUGCGUACACGAAUUGCACGCUUUCGACUGACCACUCUAAUGCUGAGUUCAACCUUCAACCAAGACGACUAUCCCAUUGAACGGCGUGGCCGCUUCGGGCUUUCUUUGCCGUCACCAAACACAGGUGAUCGGCCAUGGCUGGGAACCAUCCUUUUACCUGUGCAAUAUCAUGCUAAAAUGGCACAAGACCACGAGUUCAUUAUUCUGUCGGAGAGCUAUGGCUUCAAUCAUCAGGAGAUGGCACCUGCGGUCGCCAAGAAAAUGAAUCCUUUCGAAGUAUAUGAUGUGAUGAUGAUAAGGAGAAUUCAAGGCGAAGAACUAGCGCAUUAUCGUCUCCAGCUAACGGCUCAAGUUACCGAAACUCUUUCCUCUCAACCAAUGUAUGAUUCCUUGGAUGGAAAGAGUGUAGUUGAAAGAAUAGGAGCUGGACGAAUGGUGAAAAGUGCAUGGGAUAGUGACGAUAACUGGGAGGAUUUCAUUAUUGUCUAA